AUGAACGAUAUAGGGCUAGCAGGUCCAAGUCAUCCUAUGGCCGUCGAGAAUUUUUUUGCAAACUUUCAAGGUCACAACAAUAAUCAUCUAGCAACAGAGAUCCAGGCUGCUUUUUUAGAACAUCACUCAGCGGACGACAGUCUUGACGGGUGGAGCGCCAAAGAUGAGGAUAGUGCCAUGGCACGACCUGAAUCCCCUGGACUGCCUGACAGUGGCAAGGAUGAGGAUGAGGACGAACUGGAAGCCGAAGGGGAAAAACACUGGGAACAACCUGUGAUUGAUGACGAGCCAGCCAACCCCUUAGAGAUUCCUAUGGAAGAAGAUGAACAGCGUGCGCUCGAUGACCGGACUCAGGCAGAAGAACCGUUGUGGAAUGACCCCACGAUAGUACCAUUUCCAGGUGCAGCAGGUGCUCCAGUCAAGAAUGAGGGUCGGUCAAACUACGACAAGUACAGCGACUUGAUAGAUGGCUUGAAUAAUCCCAAUGUAUGGUGGCUGUUUGCUUCGAAAUUAGAGUGGGAAUUCACGCAUUGGGCGAAGAUGCGAGGGCCUGGAUCUACUGCUGUAACAGAACUUUUGAACAUUGAAGAGGUGCAGGAAAAACUCGGACUUUCAUUCACAACAUCAAAGCAACUCAAUCAAAUAAUUGAUAAUCGACUCCCCAAUCGCCCCACAUUCAAGCGGCACGAAAUCGUCGUAGAUGGCGAAUGCUAUGAAACCUAUUUUUGUGAUGUGAUAGAGUGCAUUUCAGCGCUGUAUAGUGAUCCCGAAUUCGCCUCAAUCAUGACGUAUGCUCCGAAGAAACUGUAUGUUGACGACAACACCAGCACAGUAAGGAUGUUCAAUGAACUUGACAGCGGGAGAUGGUGGUGGCGGGUUCAAAAAACCCUAGAGGAGCAGAAGCCGGGAGCAACUGUCAUCCCCCUCAUCAUUUCGACUGACAAGACGCAGCUGACCGACUUUCGAGGAAAGUCCGCAUACCCUGUAUAUCUUACCAUCGGAAACAUACCUAAGGAAGUCCGCCGCAAGCCAUCUCGUCGUGCCUAUAUCCUUAUCGGGUAUCUCCUGGCCUGUCGUCUCACUCAUAUCAAGAACAAGAAGACUCGGCGGCGCGCAGCCGCUAACCUAUUUCACGCAUGCAUGCGCCGGUUGCUAGCGCCUAUACGAGGGGUCGGUAGACAUGGCAUGAAUCUAGCUUCAGGUGAUGGGAUUGUUCGUCGAUGUCAUCCCAUACUGGCUGCUUAUGUAGGUGACUAUCUGGAACAGACACUCGUCGCUUGUUGCAAGAACUUUGAAUGCCCGAAGUGCCAUGUACUUCCCACAGACCUUGGAGAGCCUGCUGUCUGCAAGAACCAGAGCUCAAACGAGGCUCUCAAGGCCCUGACGUCUAUUGACCGCGAACCAGCAGCGUAUAUUGAGUCUUGUAAAGCCGUCGGGUUGAAGCCAGUCUAUCAUUCAUUCUGGGCCGAGCUCCCAUUCACAAAUAUUUUCCAGUCGAUCACUCCGGAUAACUUACAUCAACUUUAUCAAGGGAUGGUCAAGCAUGUCAUAUCCUGGAUCACAUCUGCCUUUGGCGAAGCUGAAGUAGACGCACGCUUUCGACGCCUUCCACCAAAUCACAAUGUCCGACUCUUUUCUAAUGGGAUUUCACUCUUAUCUCGUGUCACGGGACAAGAACACAAAGAUAUCUGCCUUCAUCUUGUUCGCGCUGUCCAUGCACUCAUGGAUUUUGUUUAUAUCACACAAUACCCUUCCCACACUUCGACGACACUCGGCUACCUUGACGCGGCUCUCGCACGUUUCCACGCUAACAAGAACAUUUUCCUCGAGAUUGGCAUUCGUAAAAGCUUCAAGCUUCCAAAGCUUCAUUUGCUGAUGCACUACAUUCUUUCUAUCACCCUUUUCGGCACUACGGAUAACUACGACACUGCAUAUUCGGAACGUCUUCAUAUUGACCUCGCGAAAGACACUUAUUGUGCAACCAACCACAAAGACGAGUAUGCACAAAUGACAACAUGGUUGCAGCACCGCGAGAAAAUGCAGCGACACGCGUUGUUUGUACAGUGGCGUCUCUCGGGGCAUCCAGUGAUCUCUACUCUCAAGCCUCCCACCAUUCCACGUCACCUUUGCAUAAAGAUUGCGCGGCUCCCCAGUCAAAAGGCCGUCAGGAUCAAUGAUAUUCCUUCCCUCUAUGGGGCUGUCGAUUUUAGGCAGGCGCUCGCAGAGUUUAUCCUCAAGACUUCAAAUCCUAAUCUCACCGUACAUCAAAUUCGAGCUCUAGCUCCUCGUUAUUCCAUCCCUUUCCAGACCGUUCCAGUAUUUUAUAAGAUCAAAUUCUGGAACGAAGACACUCAAGGAUGUGAAGAGGCCGCCAAAACCCUCGACUGUGUUCAUGUACACCCUGCGCAUAAAGAUUCGAGCAAUCGAAAGGUUUCGAGUCGAUUUGAUACUGUUCUGAUAGACAAAAAAGAUGGGAAAGAAUCCGGCGUCGCAGGUUAUCACGUUGGGCAAGUUCAAAUCAUUUUCAGCUUGAACAAGUGUUCCAGGAAGGCAGCUAUUCCAUCUCACAUAGAUAUGCCAUCCCAUCUCACAUAUGUGGAGUGGUUUACUCCGUUCGGGACCGCUGAUAGCAACCACCAGAUGCAUACCAUCAAGCGUUCUUUCACACCCAUAGGUGGUAGUAGCGGGGAAACUGCGCGCAAACAGCUAGCUAGUGUUAUCAACGUUAGUAAAAUUUGUUGUAGUGUACAUCUCAUUCUGAAGUUCGGCCAUGUUGCUCCUCGUUCAUGGAGCAGUACAGAUGUCCUUGAGAAUUGUCCUGCAUUUCUUGUCAACUGUUUUACAGACAGACACACUUAUAUCACAGUAUAUUAA